CUGGCGCGAAACCUUCGGUUUCUUCCAAAUUUGCAGAAGAAACGAUCUAUUUGGAAGUACUAUUAAAGAUCAGGCACGCGUUUCUAACCCGAGAACCCCGGAACCCACUGCAAAUCGCGGACUAUCAAGAUGGCACCGCGUUAUGCCAUGUCUGAUUCGGACGAGUCGGAGGAUGAACGAACAGGUCCAAUGGUCCCUCCAGACGCCGCGAUCGAGAAAGCUUUACGCGAUGCAGUAGCCAGGGUCUACAAGUCGGGGAAGAUGGAGGAAUUGACUGUCAAACGCGUGCGAUUGGCGGCAGAAAAGACCCUAGGACUCGACGAGGGCUAUUUAAAGGGCGACAGUCGGUGGAAAGCAAAAAGCGAGGAAAUUAUCCGGGGUGAAGUGGACGUACAAGACAAGGCGCCACAGGAAGAAGAAAAGACAGACAAGAAGGCGGACAAAGUAGAGACGUCACCGUUAAAACGAUCAAAGAUCAACAACUCUUCGAAGUCGAGAAAGCGCCGAAAGACAAGCAGCCCGCCAGACUCUGAAGACGAUCAGGCCCUCUCCCCCCUCGAAGACGAGAGCGAUGUAGAGAGCAAACUCAUCAAAGCCAAGAAACAGAGAUCUACGGGUGUAGUAGGGAAUAAAGGCCGGAAAGAAGCUCCCAAGACAUGUGGUCCAUCGGACGAACCUGGAAGCGAUGUUGAAGACCAGACAAAAUCGGGCCCAGAAGACAAGGUUGAGUCGGAGAGCGAGAUGUCAGUAGUGCUCGACGAGGCUCCUCAGCCCACUCGCAAACGGAAGAGCUCCGAAGGGACGUCCAAGAAGACAAAGAAAAAAGCCGCUGAAACCAAGAGCACAGAUGCAGACCUAGAUCCGGACCAAGCAGAGAUCAAGCGGCUGCAAGGAUGGCUUGUCAAGUGCGGGAUUCGGAAGAUGUGGUGGCGGGAGCUGGCUCCGUACGAAACUUCCAAAGCCAAGAUCAAACACCUCAAGGAGAUGCUGAAGGAGGCAGGAAUGGAUGGCCGCUAUUCAGUCGAGAAAGCGAAGCAGAUUCGAGAAGCCCGGGAACUGCAGGCAGAUCUCGAGAUGGUUCAAGAAGGGGCCAAGCGAUGGGGCACAGGAAGCGGUGAUGAAGGGAGUGAUGGCGGUGGCAAGCCUCGGAGAAGACUUAAUCGAGGCCUCAAGAGCCUUGCUUUCUUGGGGAGCGACGACGGGGAAGAGACAGAUUGAACAGCCGGUGAAAGCCGAGCAGCGCUCCCUGUGGCGUGCAUGUCCGAUCUAUUCGAGACCCGCAAGUAGUAUGGAUUGCUACCGAGUACUUUUAUAAUAAUAGUAGUAGUGGUGGUGGUGGUGAUAUCCAUUCGGUUGAAAUACCGAUUAUUUGCCCAGUUUCGCUCCACUCAUCCGUUGAGCGACCAGGCUGAACACUGCAACGGAAGAGAUGAAAAGCACCAUGUUGUAGAACUGCCUCCAGUGUCAGCUUGAUACUCAACAGCCACAAAAGCAUCCUGGCUUACUGCUGUUCGGGAGUAUUCGUUCUCUUCGGCCUCUGAUCGGG